AUGAAUGGAUGGUUGGUCAAUGGGUCUGAUUCAUGCUGUGGGAGAGUGGAGAUCCGUUAUAAUGGCCAGUGGGGAACCGUGUGUGAUGAUUACUGGGACCUGAAUGAUGCUGCUGUGGUGUGCAGACAGUCACAGUGUGGAUCAGCCAUCAGUGCGACUCCUGACUCCUUUGGUCAAGGCAGUGGAUCUAUCUGGCUGGAUGAUGUUAAAUGUUCAGGAAGUGAAGGAGCCCUCACACAAUGUUCUCACAGUGGACUAGGAACACAUAACUGUAAACACGGUGAAGAUGCUGGUGUUGUUUGUUCAGGUGAGCUUCAGUUGCCGACUCUUUCCCUGACCUCCACACAUGCAGCUGUUUCUCCUGGAGAAAAUAUCCAGUUCAGUUGCACAACACCUAAACCAAGAUGCAAGGCUAAUGCUGAAUUUCAGCUCUUCAGAAAUGGACCAUCUGUAUCCUCACAGACACAUGAAUCUAGUGUGACUUUCAACCUUGUUAAUGUAGACGUCUCACAUCAGGGCAGCUACAGCUGUCGUUACUCCUACCAAAACAACAACACGUCACCUUUGAGCAACACUGUAUUCAUCACUGUGGUGAACUUGCAGCAGCCCAGUAUUUCCCACAGUGCUUCUGAUGGAGGGUUUCAUGAGGGGCCUCAGGGGCCAGUGAUCACCAGGGGUCACAGUUUCACUAUCAUCUGUUCAACUCAAUCUCAGUUACCUGGAGGAUCUUUUCACCUGUUCAGAGGAUCAAACAUCACCAGGACUGAGUCAGCUGUCAGUCACUCUGCUUCCUUCUUCUUUCCUGAGGCAGAUUAUUCACACGAGGGAAACUACAGUUGUGUUUAUGAAGUCAGUGUCUCCUCACGCUCCUUCCGUUCAUCUGCCUCUGAACUGCUGCUCAUCACUAUCACAGCCUCCCUGCUUCCUGUCAUUGGUGCUGCAGUGUCAGCUGUGCUGCUCUUAUUGUCUGUCCUCAUAAUCAUCCUCCUGCUGAAGAGAAGACAAAAGCAAAGGAACAAGGAAACACAUUCAAAGUGCUCUUUUAUGAAAGAUCAAGCUGCAUCACAUAGAAGCAAAAAUGAAGAGGAUGAUGAGGCUGUUUAUGAAAAUUUUGAACUUGAUGAAAACAUGGAUCAUGAUGAAUCUGAACAGGACUAUAUUAAUGUGGACUCUGGUCAUUCUGAACAGGACUGUAUUGAUGUGGACUCUGAUCAUUCUGAACAGGACUAUAUUAAUGUGGACUCAAUGUAAAUCAGUGGUCUUCACUAUUUUUUAAUGGGAGCCGCACUGAUAGGGCAAAGUCAAUCGGAGAGCCACUUUCACCACAAAGUAUCGGAAGUUACAUCCAGUUAUAAAUAGUAUGUCUUUUUAUCAAUCUGUCAUCUGUAUAUGCAGGCACGUGCACACAUCAAACGGGGGCUUGAGCAC